GGGCGAGUGGAAGAAGGCCCGCGAUUCGCCCCGCAAACUCAAAACAUACGGUAGUGUAACUCUCCCCUACAAGAACAUCAGUCUUCUUUCUACGCGACUCUCUCGUCAAAAAUGGCCCUGUUUCAAAGCCUGCUGCACAAAACCAACUUCCACAACCCUCUGUUACAGACGCUAGUCCCAAGCAUACAAGCCGUCUUCAUCAUCCAGACUGCGUUUGCGAUCCCUUCGAUCAUUGCUCAGACCGAAAAGUUCUAUGACUUCUCGGGUGCCUUGACCUAUUUAUCAGUCACGGCGCUGAGCCUGUACCUCCCAGCCCUCCGAGACCGGUACGCCACUGGCAUCGCCUCCAAGGCAGCCCUUCCCAGCCUACUGUCGCCAUUCAAGGCUUUAGGAGGCACCGCUGCGUUCAAUUGGCGCCAGGUGGCUUUGAGUGGCGCGGUCGCGAUAUGGGCUAUUCGAUUGGGUUUGUAUUUGUUCCAUCGCAUAUUGAAAGAAGGCAAGGACUCGAGGUUCGACCGGAUCAGAGGGUCGCCGUCAACGUUCCUGGUGGUAUGGAUAGCUCAAGCAGCCUGGGUUUCCGUGUCAUUGUUGCCAGCGAUUGCCGUCAACUCGAUCCCCGCCACGGCUUUUGCUGCGAUACCGGUUGUUAAAGUCUCGGACGUUGUGGGGCUGUCGCUGUUUGCUGGUGGUCUCCUCUUUGAAGUGAUUGCAGAUUGGCAGAAGUCCAAGUGGAUAGAGCAGAAGAAGGCCAAGAUCCACGACGAGGAGUUCCUGACACGGGGCCUUUGGAGCCGGAGUCGCUAUCCCAAUUACUUUGGGGAGUCGACGCUGUGGACAGGCAUCGCAACAGUUUCCGCUGGUUUGCUGCUUGCCCGGCCGAUCCAGGCUGCCACCGGGUUGAAGCCGUUGGCUGCCAUUGUCUUGUCCUACAUCAGCCCCGUCUUCGCUACCUUCCUCCUGUUGAGGAUUUCUGGAGUCCCUCUCAGUGAGAGGAAGUACGACAAGCUCUAUGGGGGCCGCAGUGAUUAUCAGGCCUGGAAAAGGGACACACCAAUGUUCUUCCCCAAGAUAUUCUAAGCUCCUACGUUGAGUUCGGUAUCCGGAUCAUUAACCUGCUUCCAUACUCGGCUGCCUUCAACCCGAAGGCACGAUAUGUAUUGAAUUGAUCUAGUGGGACUUCGGACGAGGAGUUUGGUGGGAUCCCUUGAUGACCUGGAGGACGUCUAGGAGUAUAUCUGUCACACUGGUCUCCGAUUGAUAUAAUACCUAUUUUCAUAAACUAGGUACCUGCCAAUUACUGCGUUUUGGGGUAGGUCCAGGAUGGUGUCUAAGUAAGCUUUAUCUUAUCAGGAAGGUCCUACCUAUCUCGACCGAGCUCCAGCUUGAAUUGAAAGCGGGGGAGGGG